CCAAGUUAGAGAUAGAGGCCUGUGGAAACAUGAAGAGGGUAAACAGCUGUGUGAAGAGUGAUGAGCAUGUCCUGGAAGAGUUGGAAACAGAAGGGGAGAGGCAGCUGAAAAGCCUUCUUCAGCAUCAACUUGACACCUCUGUCUCCAUUGAGGAAUGUGUGUCUAAGAAAGAGAGCUUUGCUCCUGGUACUAUGUACAAGCCCUUUGGGAAGGAAGCAGCUGGGACCAUGACUUUGUCCCAGUUCCAAACACUGCAUGAGAAAGACCAGGAAACUGCUUCUCUCAGGGAACUAGGGCUCAAUGAAACAGAAAUCUUGAUCUGGAAGAGCCAUGUUUCAGGUGAAAAGAGGACAAGACUGAGGGCAACUCCUGAAGCAAUACAGAACUGCCUUCAAGAUAUUGAAGAAAGGAUCUCGGAACGUCAGCGCAUCCUUUGCCUGCCACAGAGAUUUGCAAAGAGCAAACAGCUGACUCGGCGAGAAAUGGAAAUAGAAAAAUCUUUAUUUCAGGGAGCUGAUCGUCACUCCUUCCUUAAAGCUCUUUAUUACCAAGCAUACCACAAAAAGACAAGUGCAGACAAGUACAUGACCUCAAUGAAGAGGAAGAUAAAAUUAGGCACAAAAGAUGAUCCCCAAAAGAAGAACAAAGGUGAUCCCAUGAACAACCUGGAAAGUUUUUACCAAGAGAUGAUAAUGAAAAAACGUCUUGAAGAGUUCCAACUUAUGAGAGGUGAACCCUUUGCUUCCCACUCACUGGUCUCAGCUACAUCAGUGGGAGAUAAUGGCACAGCUGAGAACCCGCCAUUACUCCAGGACAAGGGAGAACAGGCAGCACAGGGUAAAGGCCCCAGUCUCCAUGUGGCAAAAGUUAUUGAUAAUUCACCUGAGCAGUGUUGGACUGGGCCUAAGAAGCUGACGCAGCCAAUAGAAUUUGUCCCAGAAGAUGAGAUCCAGAGAAAUCGUUUGUCAGAGGAAGAGAUCCGAAAAAUUCCUAUGUUUUCUUCAUAUAAUCCAGGGGAGCCAAACAAGGUGUUAUACCUGAAGAACCUUAGCCCUCGGGUGACGGAAAGAGAUCUUGUCUCACUGUUUGCUCGGUUCCAGGAGAAAAAAGGACCUCCAAUUCAAUUCCGAAUGAUGACUGGACGAAUGAGGGGGCAAGCUUUUAUCACCUUUCCCAAUAAGGAGAUAGCAUGGCAAGCAUUUCAUCUAAUAAAUGGAUAUAAACUACAUGGGAAAAUGUUGGUAAUAGAAUUUGGAAAGAACAAAAAGCAACAGUCUGAUGUCCAGGCUGCUUCUCUCAGAUCACCUGCUAUCGAAAGCACUACAGAAACAAGUGGCAGCUAGAAGGACAAAGGAGGUGGGCGGAAGCAAAACUGUAUUGGACUAAAGAAGUGACUCCAAAUAGUAACUCAAAUCUACUGGAACAAAUGAAGAAAAUGGGAAAUAAGCAUCUUCCAAGAUCAUCUUAUAUUUCCUCUACCCCAGUGCUGGAAUCUACCAUUCUACAUGGAGCCCUAG